AUGGGUGAUCACGAUAUCAACGAAGACCACGCUCAGGCCAGCGAUGCGCCACCUCGCGCGGGGGAUGGCCCGCGGACAGCACAGGCCAAAGGCGCCGUCUCUCGCUGGACACGCAGGGUACACAAAAUCUAUAUCAUAUGCUUUCAUCGGGGGUUCGCCGCCUUCCUUGUUCUCCCCCUCGUCCUGGCCCUUGUGUUCGUCGCGCAAAAGAACCACUUUGGUGCGGACCAGUGCAAAGCUCGCGAGAGUGGAUGUGGGUUUGUCGGAAACGAGGAUGCUUACGGGCUGGGGAUCCGUCUGGGCGUCUACCUCCAGUGGCUCAGUGUCUUCUUGGUGGUCUACCUCUUGCCCUCGGAGGAGCGCUCCCUCAUGACGAGCCUGAUCACGUUCAGCUCUGCGCUGAUGAUGGCCAUACUCGUCUUGACGUUUGGCGGUACGUGCACAUACACUGUAGAGAUCAUCGUCCUGCUGUGGACGGCCUUCAUGACCCAGGCGCUGGCGUCCAUCACGCAUACCGCGCAGGAGAUUGACGAUGCCGGUAUCAGAGAGGUGCCCGUUAUUUCAGGUCUGAAGCGAGCGACAACCUUUCAACUCAACCUUGACAGUCCGCAAGGCAUGCACGGGUUUCAGUCAGGGUCCACGCUGGUCGAAAUGUGCAUACUUGGCUACGCUGCUUGGUUCUGGGUAUGCCUGCUCAGAGGUGCCGAGAUGGUCUUCGCCGCGACCCCAUGCGGGACGUCGCUCUUCUUCUUCGCCCGGAUCCAAGACCGCAAAGGCAUCGUGGUGAUUAGCGCGCUGAUGACGGCGGUAUCGCUUGCGACUCUCCUGUUCCGUCUGGCUGCUUGGAUAUUCCGAACGUCGGUGAAGCGGUGGUUCUCGAAAAGAACGUACGACAUGCUCGGCGCAGUCCUCGUUAGCAUUGUCUAUCUGCCAAUCACCCUCAUCGCCGGGAUCACUUAUCUCGUACCUGACACUUGGAUGCUCAAGAUGUUCCCUGGUUCUGGUGGGAGAGAGCAGCUCAUGGUUUUUCUCUGUGCCUUUGUCGCCUUUAUCGUGUCUGUCGCCGGCAUCGAAUUACUGCUGGUCUGGAACGGCAUCUCAGAUGUGUAUGGGGUCGGCUCAACGGGGCAGCUGAUCCCGCUGACUAUGGGCUUGGUGAGCCUGAUGCCGAUACUGUGGAAACUGUUGAGACGAUACAUGGCUGGCGAGCCUUUAGUGCCAGAGCCGGCGAGCAAUGGCAGUGGCUUGCUGAUCCGGGGUACCGCCUUGCCUCACCAAGGAUCUCCCGUGGAGAUGGCUGCUCGGCAGAGUGAUCGAGAGGCGUUGCAGCUGCCAUAG